CUUUUUUUUCCCCGUGUCUAUCUGAUUCUAAUUAUUUUUUAAUGAACUCCCUCAAGUCCAUGUUCCUUGUGGACCUCUGAACUUCCUGGAGCACCCAGCCUUUGCUCAGGAGAUGUUUAUGGUUGGCUCUGAGUUAACCCUUUGGAGUUUGUGUUCUCAGGGAGCUUGAUGUCCUUUCCUGCCCUUGUACAGGUGAUGCUCAGGCGCAGAGACCACAGGCUGUGACUGAUCUUGUGACCUGUUUCAAAGUUUAAUUCCUAUAGAAUCAGAUAAAGCUAUGGAUCAGACUGGAUCUGUAAAGCUUGACUGGAAGCAUGGGAUGAGCAAACAGCUCUGAAGACUGUAAACAUCACUCAGCCACCCAGAGCAGCAGGGAAAGUACUGCUGAUAAACAGAUUUCUCAGUAACAGGCUUCUCCUUUGACAUGGAUCAAGCCACAGAUGCUGCAGACUGUGCAGUUGCUUUGUGUCCAUCUUGAGAAGAGGGAGACAAAUUCCCCCCCAAGAGCAGAAGGCAGGAUGUGGAUUGUGCAUUAUUCCACUACAAAGCUCAUACUGGCAAUAGUGUGGGAGUACAGCCUACAUGACAACAGUAGGAGGGACCUGACAGUGAAAAGACAUUUUAAUGGAACAGGAACCUCCUACUGUCACCCCAUGCCUGCAGCCCUGCGACUUAGAGGACUUUUUGAGGAGAACCACCGUGGCCUGAGAGGGCUGUUCCGCCGGGGGCCCCAUCGCACCGCAGCCUUUCUCCUCUCGCCGCUGCACGCUACGGGAAGCGCUGACAGCUUUCGCAAGCGACACCUUCCGAAGCGCCUGUGCCGGGGCAGAGCCAGGUCGUUCUUCGUCACACCUCCUUUCUCUGCGGCCGCGGAGCCAACCGGGAGCCGAGGAGGCACCGGCGCGGCCGCAGCGCUGCAGAGCCCCGACCAUCGCAGCCGCUGCUGCUGCGGCUCCCCCUCGGCCGCCCCUGAGGGGACGCGCGACGGCGCCGCCGGGUGGGCGGGCGGGAGCGGGGGGCUCGGCGUUGGCCAAUCAGAGCCCCGCCCCGGCCUCCCCGCGCCCCACGUGACGCGGCGCGCGCGCCCCACGUGA